CAGAGCUUUAACAGACACCAAAGGAUAACAUUGAACUCUUUUCAGGAAUCACCAAAUAGUCAGUUACACAUUAUUUUCAUCUGGAUAUCAAUAAUAUACAAAAAUGGGUAGAGUUAGAACAAAAACUGUCAAAAGAGCUUCAAAAGCUUUAAUUGAACGUUAUUAUCCAAAAUUAACUUUAGAUUUUGAAACCAACAAACGUUUAUGUGAUGAGAUUGCUGUUAUUCCAUCCAAACGUCUUAGAAACAAAAUUGCUGGUUAUGCCACCCAUUUAAUGAAAAGAAUUCAAAAGGGUCCAGUUAGAGGUAUUUCAUUUAAAUUGCAAGAAGAAGAAAGAGAAAGAAAAGAUCAAUAUGUUCCAGAUGUUUCUGCUUUGGAUCUCUCCAGAACCAACGGUGCUUUGGACUUGGAUAACGAAACUAAUGAAUUAGUUAAGUCCUUAGGUCUUAAACUACCAAUCAAUGUUAUCUCUAUUUCUUCUCAAAGAGUUCACCGUUUCAAAAGAAGAAACUAAAUAAAAUCA